AUGGGUUCUGGUUCAAGUUCUACAAUUUUAUCUUCAACUAAUAAUAAAAAACACGAAUGUGAAAUAAUAAACGAUAAUACAACUGAUAAAUCAGGUAAAUUAUCUCAAAUUAUUUCUCAAGAAACAACACAAAAAUCGAUUAAACAAAAACAAAAAAGAUUUGAAAAUUUUGAACCAUUUACACUUAUUUGUCUUGAUGAUGAUUUUGAUGAUAAUGAUAAAAAAUUUCGAUCUGCAAUUGAUUAUAUUUGUUGUUUUAAUGAUUUUGAACAGUGUGAACAAUUUAUUUUAAAUAAUAAUAAAAAUGAUCAUUUAUUCUUUAUUGUUUCAAGUCAAUAUGCUACUAAUAUUGUAUCACAUGUUCAUGAUUUAAAACAAAUUAUUGCAAUUUAUAUACUUCAACACGAUAUAUCGAAUAUUAAUAGAGAAGAUAUUAUUGAUGAUAAAUGGACAAAACGAUAUACAAAGGUAAAAAUUCAUUUUUUUAAUUAUAAUUAA